AUGCCCCUCCCAGCUAUCGUAAACUCGCCAGAACCACCUCGCCCAACCCCUACCGCUACUAUCGAGCGCCCGUCUUCACUCACCGACACCUUCGCCUCCAUCUACCAGAAAGAUGCGCAGCGCCUCGGAUACCGCGUGCCCCACCCAUCUGGCAUCGAGCCCGAUCCGUCCAAGAAAGAGUACUGCACACACUGGAUCAAGACUGGAGAAUGUGAUUGGACGGCUAUCGGGUGCAAGUUCAAACACGAAAUGCCCGGCAUUGAGAAGCUCCGUGAACUAGGCUUCGUUAGAGGUAUACCGAAGUGGUGGAAGGAGAAGUCGGCUAUCGGUCCCAGGCCGCCUACCUGGAUGCAGCGAAGGCUAGCAGCGAACGAGGAUGCAGACCAUGACGGUGCGAUACCGGAAGCAAGAGUCUUCCCCGACCCUUCGACAUUUCGAACGAGGAAGAGCGAAGAGCGUGAUCUACUUGAUGAUGACGUGCAGCUGCCGCGUGGUAUUCUUAAGAGAAACUCUUCUCCCAAGGAGACUACAUCGGGACGACUGACCCCUCCGCCGGCGACAGUUCAGGAAUCUGUUCGACAUGCAAGCCAAGUAUCAGAUCUGCUCAUCGAUCUUGACGAUACCCCUGCUCCUCCACCCAGCCCUGAGUCAUCUCGCGCUUCGGAAGCCAGUACAGGAUCCAGUGAGGUGCACAUGUCCUCCACUCGUCCCUCUACCUCGCCACCAUCGUCUCCCAGCAUCGAGUGUAAGACUUGGUCACCGAUCGAUAGCAAACCACCCCCAAAGGCUGUCGCUACCAAGAAGACAUCAAACAAAGACGCCACCAUCCGGCGCCACUCCCAGCUCUCAUGGGCGUCUGACACCGAAGACGACACCCCCGCCCCCACCAAGCCAUACCCCAAACCCCCUCGACCAGCCCAACAGCGACGUAGACCCGCUCCUCGCGGCGAUAGCAGACGCGCCGCCACGACUUCCACGACCCCGACCAAGCAUACCGGUCUUGCAGCUUCUAAGCACGCCACCAAUGUUCACGCUGUAAAUAACAGUGCAAGUCACGGCAAGAACGCAAACCGUAAGAUCCAUGGGCCGAAUCAUAGCAAACAUGUGGAAGAUGUUGGCGUACCAGAGCUACAUGCCAAGAUUGAGCAGUUGCACAGGGAGGCGCAUCAGAAGGAGAGGGUGAGGAAGGGUGCUGUAAUGGCGGCACCUGUGGCUGGCAGACGAACAGCAGUGUGA